AUGGAAUUAGAUGAUCACCUGAAUGAUCAGAGAGUGCUGUACUGUUAUCAUUCUGGUAAUAUUUCAUGUACUAAAGAAGUUCGACCAACCUCUAUCUCUGUGAUCCUCUAUCUUCUUUCAGCAGUUGCAGUAAUGUUUACAUUUUGUGGAAAUCUGGUGGUGAUUAUUUCUAUCUCUCAUUUUAAACAGCUUCACACACCAACUAACAUACUCAUUCUUUCACUUGCUGUGGCAGAUUUUUUAGUUGGACUCAUAAAUAUGCCAUUUAUGGCUAUACAGUCAGUUGAAACUUGCUGGAAUUUUGGAGAUAUAUUUUGUUCUGUUUAUACAAUUGUACUCUAUCUAUUAACUGAGACGUCCAUCUUAAAUUUAGUAAUUAUUGCCAUUGACAGAUAUAUUGCUGUGUGUGAUCCAUUAUUGUAUUCAACAAAAGUUAAUGUUCAUGUUGCUUUAUUGUCUGUGGCGACUAUUUGGCUGUCAUCUCUAACAUAUGUUUGCUUUUUUUUCUUUACUGGGGGAAAUGCAACAGGUGUAAUGGGAUUAGAUUCUUGUGCCGGUGACUGUCUGCUUGUCGUCAGCAAAACAUGGGGCACUGUGGAUCUUAUAUUUUCAUUUGUUUUCCCAACCUGUAUAAUGGUUACUUUAUACACAAACAUAUUUGUGGUUGCAAAAAGACAUAUAAGAGCUAUAGCAAUACAGCAAAAGGUUUCAGGGGCAGAAACUAAAAUAAAUGUAAUCAAGAAAUCUGAAAGAAAGGCAGCAAAAACAUUAGGCAUAGUGGUAGCUGUCUUUAACCUUUGCUGGCUACCAAUUUAUAUUUUCAGCAUUUUAAAUCAGCUUAUGAAUUUUUCUGUGCCUUAUGUGAUAUCAGUUGGAUUCCUCUGGUUAGGUUAUUUAAAUUCUGGUUUGAAUCCAAUUAUUUAUGCUUUGUUUUAUCCAUGGUUCAGAAGAUCACUUAAACAAAUUGUUACUUUAAAGAUUUUCAUACCAGGAUCAUCUUUAAUAAAUCUUGUAACAGAAAAGUAA